UGAUCUCGGAAACUGAAAUCCUCCAAGUUCGUUUUAUCAAUCUAGAAACACAAGCGAAGGAAGCUAGUGCAAAACAGCCCGUUGUAACCCUACGGCGUAAAUAAACCAAAAGAAAACUCAAGGAAGAAGCGGCAAAAAAUUAUUUUUUUCCUUUCAAAGUUUGGAAACCUCGAUUAAAAUAAGUUCUUUCCCGGCACGUUGCAGAAUGUAGGAGUCAACAAAUGAAACUUUAGGGAAGAGUUCCGUGGAAACUUUGACGGUGAGUUCGUUUCUUUUUCCCCGCGCUCUCGCAUGCAAUCAGCGGCAUGGAGUUCGCUCGGGUACCGGUGAUUCUCACUUAGCUAGGAAAGCGUCGAAAUCUUUGUUAUUUUAAAGAGAUUUCAUUUGAAAAGUAGUUAGAUUUGCAUUAAAAAAUUGUUCAUCGUAUUGGCAAUAUCACUAAGUGUAGAAUUUAAAUUCAAAGCCGAUUUCAACAAACUUGAGCAGAUACUGAAUGCUAUGUUAAAAACUUCUAUGACAUUACUUCAGAAGUUUUAUAAUGUGAUGAAGUUCGUCAGGUAUUUCUUAGCAAGAAAAACUGAAUUUUAAGGAAAUAUCUUAGAAAGUGCCAUGGUAUUUAUUGCAUUAAUAUAGUAUUUUCAUCUACAAGAACAAAUUUAUCUGUAUGUUUUGACACUAUGUUUCUGAAAGUCAAACUGUCUAUUUGUUUCAAAAUGUUGCAUCAGCUCAAAGUAAAAAGUCUUACGAACAAAAUAAUCUGAUGGACAUUUAAAUCUCUUUUGGAACUUUUUAACCGGUCGAUCAAAAGAUUGUGCAAUAUAUAAAAACAUAACAGUUCAAAGAACUUAACAGUGAAAUAUCGAUAAUUAUAGAAUAAAUUUGACGCAAUAAUUGAGUAUAUGACGUUUUAUCAUAUAAAACUUCAAGAAAUAAAGUAAAAUGGUAUUUUAAAAGCAAAAACUGUUAUUUAUUAAACAAAUGUGAGAGCAUUUUGUUGCCUGAAAAGAAGAAAUUCCUGACACUAUUUACAGUGAAAUCCACAGUUUCAGAUGUGUGUUUAAAUAUCAAAAAUUGUUGCAAUCAAAUAAUCGUAUUCCUAGUCAUUUAUUUAAGAAAUUCUGUUUCAUAUUUAUGUUAAGUUCCUAUUUAGAUUAUAAUCAAAAUUUAAGUUUGUUCCUUAGCUUUUUAAAAUUUUUAUAACUGUGAUAAGUAUUAUAAUAAACUUUGUUGCAAAAGCAAUCAAGUUAUUUAAUUGCCCAAAACAUUGGGCAAUAAGAACUUUUAUCACUAGGAAAUUUUUAUGAACUUUCUCUUCUGUGCAAUCGAUGUUUGAAGAAAUCCGUUGUAUAUCACUGAAAACCGUUGUUCUCGACUAACUGGACCAUCAUCUCUUUAAUAAUCUCAAAGCAAGCAAAUUUGAUGUCUUCAUCGGUGAACACUUUGUCACCUCUUUCUUUUCUCCUCCCUUGACUUGACCCGGUGAAGUGUUUACCUGUCUGAGGACUUUGGAAACCAUGGAAGUAACGUGCGAGAGCGGCUUCAUCAAUAGCCAGCCAUCAAUGGCCGAAUUUAUGACUGCCCUACCUCACAUCAAUGAAACGUUUCACCGAGUCUCAUCCAUCAAUGCUUUGCAGCCUUCAGUGCAGCCUCCGCCUUCCCUUUGUCAACUGGAAGUCUCGCCCCAGCCUCCAAGCUCGCUGCAUGGUCCCGUGAAUGCGUCCCCAAGCCCACCAAGCAAGCAGCAUCCCGGGUCAGGACUCAACUCCAAUGUAGCCGAGUACCCUUGGAUGAAAGAAAAGAAAACAUCGAGGAAGCAGCACCAAGAGAACAAUGAAAACGGGAUGCCUCGUCGGCUGAGGACCGCGUACACAAACACGCAGCUGUUGGAACUGGAGAAGGAAUUCCACUUCAACAAAUACCUGUGUCGGCCGAGGCGCAUCGAAAUAGCGGCUUCUUUGGACCUCACGGAGCGACAAGUCAAAGUGUGGUUUCAGAACCGACGGAUGAAGCACAAGCGGCAAAGCUUGAUGACAAAAAAUGGUGACGAAAAAAACGAUCUCGAAGGAGGCGAGACGCCAACAUCUUCUUCUACUCCAACGGGAGCAGGUUCUACCCUCUCAGGAAACGAGGCCGACACCAAUAAAACUGAUUCUGCUGAUGACCGGUCGGCUACCGAAACUUCAUCUUCUGUAGGAAGCCCGGAAAGACCGCCGAGAGUAACUAAGAAACAGCGGGAGAUCUCUUCGGACAGAACCGUUGCGGACCGAUCUCCUUCCUCCGCCGCCGGAGUUGCGACCAGCGACGGCAUCAGUGAAGCUCUGUCUCCGUGCUCCUCCUCUGAACGCCUUCUCAAUCUAGAUUCGGAUUUCACACAUCAGCAGAAGAAUCGUAUCCAUUCCCCCGGCUCUGUACAAAUCAAUCCAAAUGAUGCACUAUCAGCUACAUCGCGUAAGGGUAGCCCGGUGGUCCUAGGCGAUUUAAAAUCGCCGGAUACGAAUUCUCUUUCGUCGACACCACCCACUGAACCCAUCAUGCACAAUCUGAGUAGUCUUGGAUCUGAAAGAUCUCAAGUUUUGGCCGCGGGUGAAGCUAAAAGCAGUCGCAACGCGAUGUGUCCUGGAAUGACAAAUGGACACAUGAACACAACCAGUGGAAGGAGCACCAGUCACAGGAAACUUCCUCAAUCCUGUCCAAUGGAUUCUACAAUACCCUUCUGCAAUUCACCGUGCAAUCUCAAUUGUGCCCCUGUUGCUAGCACAACCCAUUGCACUAGUCCAGGUGGUGGUAUGUAUCAACUGACCGCUCAGCACUGCCCUCCAAAUCAUAUGUCUACCAAUUCAUCCUACCAUAGUAGAUCGAGAACAUAUUCAUCAACAGUCCCUUAUUCUACGGAUCCUAACGGAAUGAUGACGUAUGGUCAAAAUAAUCACAGAGGUCUCUCGCCGAGCGUAGGGCAAGGAAAUUACUGUUACCGUACACCACCAUCAACACCAACCCAACAACAGUCUUACCAGCACCCUUCACCGCAACGUAUGGAUAAUGACUGGAUAACGCAGCAAAACUCUUAUGGAAGUCAGGUUCAGUCUCCAUUAUACUAUACAAAUGAGAGAUCUUGCCAACCCCCUCAGCAGCAUGGGUCAUUAACUCAUAGUCAAGCGACUCCAAUGGGUACAGGAGUGAGUCUUGGUUCUCAUUCUGUUCACGCAACUUCCCAACGUAACUCUUCCCACAAUCCACCAGUCUCCAGGUCACCAUAUCCAUAUUCGGUGGAUUCAUUACCUGCGCAAAAUCAGUCGCACGAACCUCACUCCCAUAAUGUCUAUAUGUCCGAUUACCGGGGAGACAUUAAUACCGGUUACAGUUUUAACAGAAACUACAACAAUCUUCAUUCAAAUAAUGGAUAUGAUUCAAGUGUUGGAUCCUCUAGUGAACAAUAUGUACCAAACAGUAUUAAUCCAGAUGGCUCUGUGUCUUAUUGUUAUCCUCACCACAACAAUGCUAACAGUGGAUAUCGAUCUGAUUCGUUUGAUGAGAAUGGAUCACAAACAAUUUACUACGACUUAAGCAACAGUACAGGAAACAACAACCGAGUUCCAGAUUACAGUGCUACUGCUCCAAAACAAAAUUUCCCUCAAACAAGUAGCCUGUACGAAGUUAGUCACACCGUUGGAGACACUGCCAGCAUUCCCACGUAUAAUCAAUCCGGUGAAAAUUACAGGGGACAGUGUCCAACGGAAGGUGAUCUAUCUUUCAAUUAUUACGACUCGUCUGAUAGUUACUCGUCUAAUAAUAACAAUAAUGGAGCAGCCAAUAACAAUUCAUGUGGUACGACCGACUUCAAUUUUCUUACUCUAGCUAGUGAAUUUUCUUCACCAGAAUAUUAUCAGUUAAGCUGACUUCACUAAUACACUUGCAGGUGCUGCGUUCUAAAGAACAAAGAGGCACCAUGUUAUAAAACAAACAGCAAAAAACAGCCUCUGGCAAUAAAACUGGAUUGCUCGAAUGAAAAGCGACCGGAGUAAUUUUAGUGAACUACACAUACAAAAAGAAAAUUAUCUCUUCUUGAUUUAAAGCUAUAAAUAAGCAUUCUGAAAAAAAUUGUACAUUUUAUUAAUUUUGCUCACUAUUCAACCUCAAUAUCUCUAAAAUAUUCUGGGAAUAAAUUAUGUUUUAAAUGAUUAUUCUCAGAUCUGUUUACAAGUUUUGUUAAUUAAAGCAUAAGAAAAGAACAAUUUAGUUCUCAGUUCUAAUGAUAAUAAUUUGAUCUAUAAUUUUAUUAUAAAUUUUUAUCAUUAUAUUUUAUUUAUUUCGUUAUUUGUUCAUGUUGAUUACGAUGAAAAAUUUAUACCAGAUUUUAAAAUUCAAAGUAUUUUUUUUUUCUUAUUUACAAUGAUGCUUCGUUUUGAAACAAGGAAGGAUUACAAAUGUGCAAUACUCUUCAAAAUGUGAUAUUUGUUUAUAAACUGAGCGAGAUUUAGGGUUGAAUGGUGAUGAAAAAGUUAUAGAGCAAUCUCUGUUUUAAUGUUACCGAUUUCUUCAUUUGUUCUAUUUGAUUAUAUUUUAUAAACAAUUUUAACUGUGCAAUGCAAUAAGUUUACGAUGCUAUGGUUGUGUAGAUAGUGUGUGUAAUUGUAUAGAGAGAUAUAAUUUAAUCUGUACUAAUUUGUGGAAAUUCAACACACAUUUUAUGCAUACAUUUAUUCAUUUGUUGAUAGUUCAUUAUUAUGAACCUCUAUAAUAGAUUACACGAAAUAAAUAUUUUUUAUUUGAACUCAAUAACCAUCCCAUUUUAACAAUGAUGUGUGAAAAAAAUAAAUUAGCCAGCAUUUCUUUACUACUUAUGAUAGUUGAGAAAUGCCUCUUGUUUUCAGAUAUGAGUUAUGAAUAUAAUGACUUAUUCUCUGAAUAGUCCAUAGUAAAUACCUCAUAUAGAUCGAAAUACCUCAGAAUUAUCAGCAAAAAUUGAAAUGUCAGAUGAGUCGUGCACGAAUAACACACAAUUUCUUUGAACAUUGAAAUGCACACGAGUUCAAAUGUUCUGUAAUGUUCAUUUCUAAUCAGGGAAGAAAUGCAAUAUAAUUAAUUCCUAUUUUUGAACGAAAUAUUAUCCAGAAUGAAUAAUUAACACAAAUACAUUUUUUUGAACAAAACCAGUUCCCUUGUAUGUAUUUUCCUCGUCCACAGACAUCUUUGUGACGAAUUUAUUUCCUUAAAAAUGUAAAUUAUUAAACUUGUCUAUAAAAUGUGUGGACGAACUUUUUUUUUCUUUCUAAGCCCAUAACUGAUGAAUGCGCAGAUCAUGAUAUUCACUCGACAGAAAGUUCAAUUAUUUGUAAGUAUGAGUGAUUUCUUCCUUCUUCUGGACAAAGGAAACCAUCCAAAGAGUGAUUUUAUAUCCUGGUGAAAGAUAGGUAUUUUACUUUUGUUUUAUAGUGUUUUAGUCUAAAUAUCUGAGAUUAACCUUAAUCAGAUAUUCAGCAUAAUGUAUAUUUGUUUAUGGUAAAAGGUAAUCCGCAUGUUUCGUAGAAGCUUAAGUCUAUGUGUAAUAGAAUUAACUACUCUUUGCUUUCUUGUUUUGUUAUUUUUCCAUGUGUAUGUGAAUACAACUAUGUAAGAUAUUCAAAAAUACCCUGUUUAUCAGAAGUUAUAGUUCAAUGAAAAUAUGUAGUCAUUACACCUAUUAAAGGCUUC